CUGUGUCUCCACCAAGGGCACAAAGAAAACAAAACUCUUGCACUUUCGUUUCUCACUGGCUGUCUCCAUGAGGGGGUGCUAGCCUGGAGGAUGGGCUCAGCUGUCCCGGCUGCCUCUGUCUGUACAGGAGCCCAGUGUCGCUGAGCUGUGGUCACAACUUGUGCGAGCAGUGCUUUCAGAAGGCACUUGGUGCCCAGCAGCAAUCCAAAGCCCCUUACUCCUGCGACAUGUGCAAGCUCCACCUGGGCCCCAUCCUGGAGCUACAGAAGAAUUUUCGUCUGUGCAGCAUCGUGGAGGCAUUUCAGGCCAACACUUGCGAAGAACAAGAAGACAAGGGCUCUGCAGAGGAGAAGGAGGCAGUUCUCUGUGACUUCUGCCUCGGCUUGCCCCUGCCAGCGGUGAAAACCUGCCUAAUCUGUGAUGCAUCUUUGUGCCAGAGCCACCUGGACAAACACAACGCCAAGGCUUCCCAUGUCCUGGUGGAGGUGGGCACAGCUAUGUCCGAGGAGAGGAGAUGCCUGGAACACGGCAGGCUGCUGGAAAGCUUCUGCCAGGACGAGGAGCAGCAGAACGUCUGCGUGCUCUGCUCCAUCGCGGGCUGCCACAAGUGCCACACCAUCAUCACCAUGAAGGAGGCACAUGACAAACAGCUGGCAAGGGGCUUUCCCAUCCUCAUGGCCCCUCUGGACUCCUGA